UUGAUGACGUGAUGAAUGGACCUGUCCGGAAUGGGGCAGAUGUGCAGCUGGAGGAUUUUGUGGGGGCUCACGCAGAAUACAAUGAAGAAGAAGAAGAGCGAAAGUACUUCCGCCGUAAGCGUCUUGGAGUUGUCAAGAAUCUUUUGGCAGCCAGCGUGGCAGGGAUGCUGACCUAUGGGGUUUUUCUAGGUCUGCUUCAGAUGCAGCUCAUUUUGCAUUAUGAUGAGACCUACCGGGAGGUGAAAUAUAGCAACCUUGGGCUACAGAAUAUUGAUAGCAAAAUGCUGCUGGGCAUUAGCAUCACACCCCUUGCUGCAUUUCUCUAUACUCCAAUAUUCAUUAGAUUUUUUGGCACUAAGUGGAUGCUAUUCUUAGCAGUGGGCAUCUAUGCACUUUUUGUCUCCACUAAUUACUGGGAGCGCUACUAUACUUUGGUACCAUCUGCGGUGGCAAUUGGGGCUGCCAUUGUACCUCUUUGGGUAUCUCUGGGCAACUACAUCCUCAGGAUGGCACAGAAAUACUAUGAACAUGUGAACUACAAGCUGGAACAUGUCCAGGAGCAGAAACGGGCACCACGUGGUGCCUACAAUUCCUACAUCAUUACCUUUGAGGCAGUCUUCUAUGGCUUUUUCUUUCUGAGCUUUGUUUAUGCCGAGUUUCCUAUGUUUUUCUUCUUGAAGAACUAUCUCUUCGAGCUGAACCACACACUUUACGAUGUCAAGAAUUGUGGGACUGCAAGUCAUGGGAUCCUCAUUGGGUUCAACAGCACAGUUCUCCAGAAAUUGCCUCGCAGCAGUGAGCUCAUUGUAGUGGAGAGCGUGCUGAUGGGAGUAGCCUUCCUCUCCAUGCUCAUGGUGUUGCUUCUUUGUGGCUCUGCUUAUCGCCCCACGGAGGAGAUUGAUCUGCGUAGCAUUGGAUGGGGCAACAUCUUCCAGCUGCCUUUCAAGCACAUGCGAGAUUACCGCCUGCGCUACCUCCUCCUCUUCUUCAUCUACAGUGGCUUUGAAGUGCUCUUCUUUUGCACCGACUUUACUUUGAACUAUGGUGUCUGUUGUAUUGGCCUGGAACACAUGGCUUAUAUUCUCACUGCUUAUGGAAUUGCAUCUGCUGUUGGCUCUACUCUGGUACUAACUAUGCUGAGGCUGCCUCGUCAAGUUCCCCUGCUUACUGGAGCUUUUAUUCACGCCAUCCUCCUGAUUGCCCUCUUCUGCUGGGAGCCUCAAGCCAAAAAUUUAGCUGAAGCACCCGUAAUCUACCUGGUGGCUGCUUUCUGGGGCCUUGGCAGUGCCCUCAACAAGACAGGACUCAGCACACUUCUGGGGAUGCUUUAUGAAGACAAAGAACGGCAGGACUUCAUCUUCACCAUCUACCAUUGGUGGCAAGCCUGCGCCAUGUUUGUUGUUUAUUGCUGGUCUAAUCUGCCCAUGAAGGCUAAAUUAUCCAUCCUGCUUGUUACUUUGGUUGCUGCGGUGUUCUCCUAUAUAUGGAUGGAACGUAAGAUAGCCCAGAGUGUUCCCCACCGUCUCCCUAAGAUUCCCAAGCCUCGCCACAAAGUGCGAGGUUACCGCUACCUGGAGGACAACUCUGAUGCAACUGAUUCAGAGGAAGAAGAGGAAGAGGACGAGCAGCGGGAGGAGGAAGCAGAAGCCAAUGAACCUGAUGGCCCACCACACUGCCCUCGGCGGAGGAGACAACAUGCCUAUGGGGAGACCUUUGGGGAAGAAGUUGGAGAUAACAGGGGGUAGUUCCUGCUUUGCUUUCACUAUGACCCUUACAAUAUGGGCCAAGAUUAUGAAUCUCAAGUGCCUUAGAUUUCAGCUUCCCCCUACAUCACUAACGUUUUCUUCUUGGGGUUGUUCCUGUAACGUUUUAACUUGGCCAUGGAAAGACUGUGUAAAUUAGGUCCUUGGGUUGCUUUUCAAGUUUAGUAAAUCUGGGUCCAUGUUUUAGUUUGAAGAAUGGGUCAUUUGAGUGCUUCGGAGCAUGGUUGUGUCCUUGCAGAUGUU